GUUUUUAUCCUAAACCCAAGUCAUACUCCCUCUUCUUCCCUUCUUCCUCUGGGAAAAAACAAACAGCGAAGGCAGUGCGUCGCGCUCGAAGAGCAAUUAGCCAACAAUGACUGUAAUGGGAAUUGGGGCAGCUAAUUGGUUAAAGGGAAGUGGAACUCUCUUACUUUCUUGCCGCACAAAUUCAAUUCCUGCAGUAGUUUCAUCAUCUACUGCCAUUGCUUCACGCUCGAGGCUGAACUAUUGUUCCUCAACAUUCUCACUUCAGCACCAAAAAAUAAGCAAUACCCUUUUCAUUUCUGGUGUCAAUGGACGUAAAAUUGGUGAAUGGGGUAACCAGAGCACGAAGUUAUACUUCAAUUUCUAUUGUACGGCACCAUCAAAUGUGAGUGUACAAGAGAAGGAUUCUUCUGGUGAAGUAGUUGAGGAGGAUAAGGAGAGUAAGAUGAUGAAGAUUAAGGAUGCGGCGAAUAGUUUGGAUAUUAGGGUUGGGAGAAUACUUAGAGCGUGGAGACACGAAGAAGCUGAUUCGCUUUAUGUUGAAGAGGUUGAUGUUGGUGAGGCUGAGCCAAGAAUCAUCUGUAGUGGGUUGGUUAAGUAUGUACCUCUUGACCAUCUUCAGGAACGGAGUGUGAUUGUUCUUGCGAAUUUAAAGUCAAGGAAUAUGCGUGGUGUCAAAUCAAAUGGAAUGCUGAUGGCAGCGUCUGAUGCAUCUCAUGAGAAUGUGGAACUUCUUGAGCCACCUGAAGAUGCAGUACCUGGGGAAAGGAUAUGGUUUGGUUCUGCUGAUGAAAAGGAUAAUCUACCUGAUGUGGCAACACCCAACCAGGUAGCGAAGAAAAAGAUUUGGGAGCUAGUACAACCACAUCUAAAAACAGAUGGUGCAUGUGUUGCUGCUCUAGGAACGCAUUGUAUGCGAGCUUCAACAGGUGUGGUGGUCAGCCCAUCUCUAAAAGAUGCAAAUAUAUCAUAAUGAUUUUUUUUGAUCAAAAAAUAAUAUAUCAUAAUGAUAUCCUAAAGUUCAUAAAGCUUUUUGUAACUUCCUCCUGUGAUUAUUCUAUCUACCUUCAUAGUUACGAUCUGUUCUUGAAAAAUAUCUUAUAGCAUGGGUUGCGGAAGAGUGAAAAUGGUAGAUAAGGUGGGAGAAAAUUUCAACCUCUUUCUUUGGUUUAAUGGGAAGUAAAAUUUUGAGUUA